CUACCUCUAACUACGGCGUUGACGAUGAUCAGUAUACGGCCGGUCAUUUAUUUAGUCCGUCUCCAGCCUUAUUUGGGUACUCAAUCAUGCAUUUCAUAUGGAUCCAGGUAUAUCACUAUCCUCGACCCCUUUUUCUUUGUACGUAGUCUGCCAGCCUAGUAUUCUGCUCCUGAAACCCGCUCUACAAAGUUACUAAUUGCUGUAGGAAAUGCUUUUCUAACAGAUGAAACCAUGGAUAAAAUCGGAAGAUCUGAGUCGUUUGAUUAUUUUUCAAUCUUGCCGGAAUCCGUUAUUCAUCACAUACUUUCAUUCCUUCCGUUCAAGGAUAUUGGCCGUACUUCUAAGCUCUCUAAGAUGUGGAAACUAAUUUGGUCCAGUUACCCUAACAUUAGCUUGGAUUUCCAAGAUGAGGUGAGGUGCACAUCUCCACUAAUUCCAGCCGUGUACUUGGGUCGUAUGGAAACCGUCAUGGACCAGUGUCUGUUUCGAAAAGUUUUCAUACAGAAGUUUCGGUUAUUUAUCUUUUCUGAAUGGAGCUUGAAGGAUGCGCGUGGUCUGAGGGCGUUUUCCCCCCGUUUUGAUUGCAUUUUGGGGUCUGCUAUUGCGAGGAAAGCUUCAGAGCUCGUGAUUGAGUUUCAUUUUGGCCCAAACGUUCUGUAUUCUGUACCUGAUAAAUUAGUUGUUGCUGAAUCUCUAAAGGUUUUAGACCUUGCAGGGUGUAUGUUUGAGGAUAGGUUUGCCUGCAUUAAUCUCCCCCGUCUGCAAAAGUUCAGAACCUAUCAUUGUGUAUUUGCUAGUGAGAAUAUCUUGUCUAAGAUUUUAUGUGGCUGCCCUGACGUGGAAUUUGUGGAAGUUUCAGAUUGUGAGGGUGUGGGAAGUUUUCUCUCGGUUUCAUGUAAACCGAGAUUGAAAUAUUUUGAUUUUGAUGGCCGUGAUAAGCUUCAAAGGAUUGAAAUCUUAGCUCCGAGUCUUGAAACAUUAAUACUUCAUUCAAUAUAUUCAUCCCAACCAUGUGUCAUUGAGUUGGCGGGUUGUGCCAUUCUUAACAAAAUUGUGAUUUGGGGAGUUAUUUUUUCUGGUGAUUAUACUAUUCAGAGUCUUUUGUCUAAACUUCUCUGUAUUGAAGAGCUGAAAUUGAACUACUGCAGAGUGGCAGACAAAAUCCAGAUCUCAAGUUCAUGCCUCAAGAGACUGGUCAUUAGUGAUAAUGGUUGCUUUCCUGGUGCUGAAAUUGACAUUCCAAAUUUACUUAGUUUAGAUUUCCACUCUCUGGGUACUUUUAAUCCGAGUAACCGGUUCAGUUCUUGGAAUAUUCCCAAGGCAGAAGAUAUUAACAUGGUAUUUAAUGCUAAAACCUUUCAGACUGCUUGUAGAGGUGGACUAAAGGGGUUUCUUAUGCAAUUACGAAAUUAUGAAGAUUUGAGAUUGGUUGUUAAAUGUAUACGGAAACGGAAAUGCAUAAUGCAUGAGAAACUACACGCGGUUUCAUAUUCUUCUCUGAAUAAGUUGGUGAAGAAGUUAAAGGCGGAAUUUGUGGUCAUAUCAUCCCAAGUAGUUGAAUAUUGCUCCAGUCACAUGAUUGGUUAUGAAAGCGGCGAUGUUAGUCUAUCAUUCAUAUCUUCUUCCCUCGGAAACAUAGAAAUUUUGCACAAGAAACUGAGAAGUGACUCAAGGAUAAAGUUCUACUAUAGUGAUUUGCGGGUGCUCUCUGUUGAGGACAUGGAUCAUGAAUUUGACUCUACAUGGAAAUCCUUCAUGAACACCCAUUCAACGGGUUACCACAUUGCCACAAUGAUCCUUAUUAAGAAGACUUCUGAGGAGAUGUUUCAAAAUCUUUAGGUUCAAAUCCAGCAAUGGGGCCCGAUGAUGGUAAAAGGGGAUCCCAUAAAUUUAUAUCAUCAUAGUUUCUCUGAUUCAUUUUGUAUAGCACCUUCAUUUUUAGGGGAAAUUUGAUUUUGCACCCAAUUUUCAUAUUCAGUAUGCACUCCAUCUUCCAAAAAUUGUGAAGGAAUGAAGUGCAAAGACAAAUAAUUUUAUGCUAAAUGUAAUGUGUACAUUAAUGAUUCUGAAAAUGUGGCACAUGGUCAAAUAUCAC